AUGAUAUUAGAGGAGCAAAGAUUCCUCCAUGAGGAUCUUGAAAGGCUUGAACAAGGCAUCGCUGAUAGAGUAGUUGAGGACCCAAAACAGGUUCGAGAACGAUUGAAUAGAGAUCAUCAAAUUUCAAACUUCCUCGAUCGGAUUCAAGAUCAAUCCAAACGAUUACUAGACAUAUACAAAGAUGUAAAUGGGGCACGAAGUAAAGAGAUUCAAUCCAUAUCGACAGGUGAACCACUGGAAGAAUUUUACAAGCAGCUUGGGGAAAUUAAGAGUUUUCACCAGAGAUACCCCAAUGAACCAGUGGAGAAUCUCGAAAAAGCCUACAAGAAGAAGGCACUUACAGAGGGGGAGACUGCGACUUCGGAAAUCGACAACAUGUUCACUGGAGAGGAAGCUUUUGGACGAUUCCUAGACCUCACUACCAUACACGAAUUAUUCCUGAACCUCCCCAACAUCAAACGCCUAUCCUAUUUACAAUACCUGGACAAUUUUGAUUCAUUCGCGCCUCCAACAUGUCCCGUCAAGCGUCCGGAUAAGAUGACCGACCAAUACUUCACAUACGUUGGAGAAUUAGCAAAUUAUCUGGAAAGUUUCAUGCGUCGAACAAGGCCAUUGGAGAAUCUGGAUAAAUUGUUUUUGAGCAUCGAGGAAGAUUUCGAUAAGGCAUGGAAGGAUAACGACGUUCCUGGAUGGAAACUAGAGAUUACAGCACCGGUAAAUGGAUCGAGUACGUCUGGAAUAUGGUGCGCAGAUUGUGAGAAGGAAUUCAAGAAUGAGAAUGUCUACAAAGGCCAUUUACUAGGAAAGAAGCACGUCCGAGCUGCGGAAGCACGGGCAGCACGAAUGGCGGAAACAGGAGAAGACAGCAAUGGUGCUGCGCAGCCAACAUCAUCUGUGUCCCGCCUAAAGGAACGUGCCAUAGCAGAGCGAGAAUAUAGGAUCAGACGUCUCGCUGCUGCUAUGACACAAGAAAGAAGUGAUACUCGAGUCAACAUAGAACGAAAACAAGGUAUGACCGAACGUGAACGACAAAUGGAGCUUGAUUCAUUAUUCGCUGAGUCAUCAUCUGCGGCACCUCGAGAUGGAGAUUCUGAUAGCGAGUCAGAUGGGGAUGAUAAGAUUUAUAACCCGCUGAAGCUGCCAUUAGCUUGGGAUGGAAAGCCGAUUCCUUUCUGGCUUUACAAACUCCAUGGACUCGGAGUUGAAUUCAAAUGUGAGAUUUGUGGAAAUUAUGUUUACAUGGGCAGAAGAGCCUUUGACAAACAUUUCAACGAGGCUCGUCAUAUCUAUGGUCUGAAGUGCUUGGGUAUCACAAAUACGACACUAUUCCGUGAGAUCACGGGGAUAGAAGAUGCGUUGAAGCUGUGGGAUAAAUUGCAAAGGGAAAAGAAGAAGGGCAAAACGGAAGAAACUGGUGUCGUUCAAAUGGAGGAUGCGGAAGGAAAUGUUAUGCCAGAAAAGGUUUACUACGAUUUACAAAAGCAAGGCUUGCUAUAG